AUGGCCCGUGGAAACCAGAGAGACUUGGCGAGAGCCAAAAACCAAAAGAAACAGCAGGAAUUGGCCAAGGCCCUGAAGAGGGAAGGCGACCCCAAAAAAAGAAUGGAGUCGGAUGCAGACAAAAUGAGGCAGAAACAGGCUUUAGGUAUGUAG